GACAGUGCAUUACAGGCUUACAGCGGCGACUUUUGGACUUUAACAGGACAUCGACAGCGAUAAGUUUAUUUACAUACAGAUACGUACUUUACCGGUACUUGAGCUUCCGAAUUCCGAUCAACCAUAACAUAAUAACUGGCAACCAACUUAACAGCAACGCAGAAUACCGAAAUAUGCGGGAUCCGUUUACAGUCAACACAAGCUGCCAAUGUCCGCAGCAGACCGAAUAUUAUCCCGUUUAUUUGAUCCUCAUCUUCCCCAUCAGCGCCGCGUUCGGGAACUUGGCGUUUUGCCUGUCCGUCAUCUGUACGCCCAAACUGCGCACCGUCCCGAAUUUCUUCCUGGUAUCCGACGCCGUGGCCGACCUGAUCGUCAGCGGCUGCAUGAUCCCGCUGCGCAUCAUGUUCUACGUGCAGGACGACUGUUUCCCGGCCGGUCACGCCCUGUGCCAGUUGUUCAUCGCCUCCACGGAAUACGUCAGCGCAGCUAGUUUAAGCCACGCUGCUGUUAUUUCCAUCGAGAGGCACGUCCGGCUGUUCAACCCGUCGGCGUAUAAAAAGUACAGCAAGGCGGUUUUCAUCCCCGUUCUCAUUCUCAUCUGGUUCUACCCGGCAAUCUUCACAUACAUCAAAACCUUCGUACCCUCGGCGCUGAAUCUAUAUCCCUACGACGACACAGACGACGGUGACAUCUGUCGGCAGCUCCAACGUACACCCUGCAACUGCCUUCUCUGCUUUCCAACCUACAUCAAUCUUAUCGACAUCACUGGUCAGAACAUUCUCCCACUCAGCAUCACCUUCGCCAUGUACGGCCACAUCAUGUACGUGGCACACCGACGCAUCCGGCUAGCCGAACGCAUCCGUCGCAGCCUAACCUCCACAACAUCCACACGCAACAGCAGCGAUACCACCCCAACGGUGCCUCCCGAUCAACCUAUUCCGCCGCAUCCCAGCUAUGCGCGAAAGAUGCUACAAAGCCCGGAAUUCCGCUCCAUCCGGCUGUUCUUAGUAAUUCUCAUCGUACUGUGUAUCUGCGUGAUUCCGAGCAUCAGCAACCACAUCGCCCUACUCUUUUACGCCGACGACAGUAUCCGGCAGUUGCAGACAAUUAUAGAAGCGGGCGGGCAUGUUCUAACGUCGAAUUGUAACGUGGCGUACGAGAGUCUGCGGUUCGCCAUUCCGGUACUGUUGUGGUCCAAUUCGCUGAUCAAUCCACUGCUGCUGUUUAUUCUCAAUCGCAACUACCGGGUGGCGUUUCGCGCGGUAAUGACGCGUGUGCGGCGGAAAGCGAGGUGUCUUAUUCGGAAAGGACCGGAGGUUGGGAGCGGUCCUGCCAGGUCACGGGGCGUACAGAUACCCAGCGGAAAUCGCUGGUAUCGGGUCACUAUUAUGGGGGAUUAUUCCCUUCCGAACUAACCAAACCAGACAAGAGUGAUUUUGCCGGUACUUUUACGAAUCGCUCUCAGUGUUAGGUGUGACCUUUCUGCUACUAAUUAUUGGGCUAAGUGAGCUUUUCACAUGUUAAUCAGUAUGCUGUGUAUUGCUUAACAGUACCUCGGAACAAAAAUCGACAUCAUUGUCGCUUGUGCCGGAAGAAAUUA